AUGAGAACACAUCGAGAAAGAUCUCCUCGACGGGAUUUUGGUCGUAGAGACUAUUCACAUUAUAAAGUACGGCGGGACGAUCGUCAGUUUAAACGGUUUAAUGGGGGAAGGGAUCAUGAAGGAGAUCAAGAAAAAAGGGAGAUUCUAAAUCAACUUGCUGGUGAAACAUUUAGGAAAGGUAAGAUAGACUUGUGCUGAACCUAAUAAGCCUUUAUCUUUCAGAGAACGACCGCACCUGGAGGUUUUCACGGUAAGAUUUACCCGGCUGACGCUUAAGAUACAUAAAAUAAUAUAAAGCCUUAUGGGGUUUGAUCCUGGGAUAUAAACUUUGUUUAAUUGUAUUCCAGACCUCAGAACAAAACUUAUGCUUCCCAUAAGGAUAAAGGUAAGUCAAUUUUAUGUUGUAAAUUUGUGUUUAGAAAGAAAAUGGCGGAAUGAUCGUCGAGAAGAUGGCAGAGAUCAUAAGAAGCGUGAAGACAAACCGAUGUUGAAGUUAGAGAACCCGGAUUUGGUGCCAAAGGCUUCGAGAUACUUUCUGGUACGUGAGGGACCGUUUUCUAAUUGAAUUAAUUUCUUGAGAAUCAAGGAUCUCUAGAAUAACGUAUUUUGUUGUUUUAGCACGACAAUCGAACGGAAUUUGUCCCGAGAAAGCGGUUCGGUAGGCGAUUUGACUCGAGAAGAGAGCAGAGUGUAAGUUUGUUUUGGUUUCGCGUUUCUUCGUCUUUAGAUUGUCUUCAUUUAUCUUAUCCAUGAGGAUCUGGUCUUAAUUUUGUGGGAUUUCCUUUCUUAGAAGGUUGAAAUUGGCCAAUUCGGUCUCUCUGCCCCGCGCAAAGUAAAUGUAUGUUGUUUUCAUCAAAAUUAACGGUAAUACCAUCAAACACGUCAAUUUCCUUUCAAGAAACUGCCUUUAAUUCCAUUUCAAAAGCCUAAUUUCGAACGCACGGAAUAAGAAGGGGGUUCAAUUUCUUCUUCGUUCCUCCGGCUCGUCUCCCUCGCUCUUCCGAUCCACGGGAUAAUGUGGGGAGGCUUUUUUUUGAUCAAAAGGAUAUUUUUUGUAGUUGAAAACUUUUUGUGGCGUGUUUUUAAUGGAUUUCCUUUUCGGAAUGGGGUGAGAUUUGUUGUGAAGUCACUGAAUUAGUGGGACAGGGGUUAUAAAGCAGUGAAAUUUAGGUUUUUUAAAAAAAAAAGGGUGAAAGUUCGUGCAAAGUGGAAUGUUUAUCAAAUUUUGAUGAUUUUUUGGGGAAGUUGCGGUUAAUUUAGGAAAAUUAUGGCUGAUAAUUCAUGUUUAUGAUGUGUAAAGGACAUGAUGAUAAAUUUUGGGCCAUCCGGGAGUGUUUUCGACAUUUUAUUUCUAAUUAAUAAUUAAGAAAAAAAAAAUUUGGCUCUCUUGCCUCUUUGGAAAAAAAAUGACAAAAAUGAGAUCUAAAUUUACCGAAGUUAAAUUCACCCUUAAACAGAUCGGUUUGUUAUAGAUUAUGUUCUCCAUUUUCAUUCAAAAGAAGUCUAAUUACCAUUUCUCUCCUUCGUUAUGCAACGUAGAGUCAAAUGAAACGAUCUCUCAAAACAAGUUGUUUUGAAAUCUCGUUCAAUUUCUCCCCUUUUCUUGUUUACGAGUAUGCAAGGAUAUUUCCAAGUUCAGGUUGCUCUUCGGGUUAUUAUCAAUCUCUGGAACGGGGUCUUUUCGCGGUCCAAUCGAUUUUUUUGCACUGUGCAAUUUUGAGCCAAUCUCAAUGAAACUUGGCACUAAUCAAGAUAAAUGUUUUCCAAGAUGAAUGAGAAAUUUUUAGUCGGCGUUUUGCAGAAAACGCCGAGAUUUUUGGAUCAAAAAUUACUGGAAAAGUACAGUAAAAAGUUGAGCUGAUAUGAGUCAGAAAAGAUUUUCAAAAUUUUGACUUCUGGAUUUCAAUGUAUGCCUUGUAUAUUUGUUUAAAAAAUUGAAUCUGGGUUUUUAAUUUGAUGAGCUUUACCAUAAUAUCACCGUUUUUGUUAUUUCGAUUAUUUUCAGAGCUUCCACAACGGCUCCCAACGCGAUUCCCAACGAACUGAGGACCCCACCAAGAACCGUUGGACCCACGACAAGUUCGCCGAGCUCAUGGACGAAGAACAAUGA